AUGAGGAUCGUCUUUAGCUCGUUGAUUCUUUUCGUUAUUGAAUGUGCAAGAAUUGUUCAAAGUUAUCCGAGUGGUGCACCAUCCAGCACUUGUGGCACAAUGAUGCCCUCUCAUGGGACCAGCUCGAUGUCCUGUCAACCGAAUUAUGUGAUCGAAGCGAGCAAAUAUCAAUACAACAGCAAUGAUACUAUUCGAAUUACUGUUCGAAAUGCCACACGUUCCAAUCGUUUCAAAGGUAUUCUUUUGGUUGCUAAAGAUGAAAGUGGUCAAAAUAUUUUGGGCAGUUGGUCAUUGACUGAUUCAGCAGUGAAAGUUAUUUCUUGCGAUGGUACAUCCUCAUAUGGCAUUACGCAAACAUCAUCAAGAGGUAGAUCUCAAAUUCAAGCGACUUGGUAUUCUCCGUCCACGACAGCUGAAGGAUAUGUUGUUAUCAAGUAAAUCUCUCUUUUUCCUGUCUUUAUGAACAGCAUUCAUUAACAAAAUCGAAGUGAAUUGCGGAGAAUAGUUUUUUUCUCGACAUUUAACAAAGAGAUUGAGUUUUCUUCCCGGCACACUUAAUCAAACUUUGACAGUUCUAGCUUUCAUAAUUGCAUCACGAACGUUAUUUACAAUCUCUUUUCAUACUAUGGUACGUAAGAGCCACGCAUAGAUAAUUGACAGUGUAUGAAUCCUCUCGUUGUUCACAUUGUGGUGCUUUCAUCGACGCUUAUGCUUUCAGUAAUCGCAAAAAGACGGGUCACUUUGUCUGUUUAUCUUUAGAGUCGUUUUAACUACUAUAGAACACAUCCGUUAAAGUGUGCUUGAUAAUGAAGUAGAAAGAAAAAGUAGAUGAGCAUGGACCAAAAUUCAUAGUGAUUGACAAUAGUCACAUAUCUUUAAAGAAGAUCUUCAUUCGAUCAUUUUUACGUCUCGAUUUGGAUUGCCUUCAUUUCUUGUCCAAAAGUAACAGUUUUUCAUUGAAGAAAACUUAUAUCAAUAGUGUUGUGUAUUUCGAUCAUCGAAGUAUCUAUUUAUAAACUUUUUAAGAUCUUCGCCAAACUGUUGGAGUCAAAGAUCUUUUAUGAAACGAGAUUUUCAAAAGGAUGAGUUGCCUUUUUCCUACGUCAGAAUUGAAUUUCUUAUUGCUGAUGUUAAUUGAUACAGUUUUGUUCAAAUCAAGAAAACUUGAGUUGUCAGAGUUUGUUGAUCUUUUUGAAAAUGGAACUCAAUUAGUGUCUUUUAUUGAGCGGCGAAUUUUUUGAGAAAAGAAAAUAUUUCAUAACUUGAUUGAAUUCUUAGAGCAACUAUCGUUCAAUCAUACAGCACAUUCUACGUCAAUCGCUUCAGCAUUAUACACAGAUGAAUGCGAAAUAAGCUGUUAGACGUCGUUAAUGAUGCUUCUUGAAAUGAAACAAAAGCGUCAUGAGAUUUUUACAAUGGACAAGAGCAUUACUGACGCACAACCUGGCAUGAAAUAUUAGUCAUGAAGCUCGUUAGAAUACGUUUAACAUAUAAAGUCCUUGCGUGGUGGACGAUUAUUUUCCAUAUGAAUUGUUUCAGACCAUGGUUGGAUCCAUAACCAGCUUAAUCUUUGGAGCCGGACUAUAUGCGGCUUCGGAUCAGACUUUAAAAGAUCUAACAUGUCGACCUAUCACGGUACAGCUUUUCGGUUAUGAUUCAACUUUAAAUUGACUAUUUUCUUAGAGUAGACAAUUAGCUGUUAUCUUGAUUCUUCACUCGGUCACGUACACAAUGGAUGCCAAAUAUUAGAAAAUACGUAAUAGGGUCAAUAUUUGAGUCCAUAAAAAUGUAGACACGCAACUUUCCUAGGUUGUAUAAUCGCAUUUUCUUCGACAGGAAUCUAGUUCAAAAUUAGUUUCCCUAGUGAAACGUUCUUUCGCAUAUGCAUGAGUUUCUUGAGCUUCUUUAGCAAAAAAGUCAUGUACUAUGGACAAAUCUUGAGGUUUACGCAGAUCAAGCAUGCAAAAAAAGUUCAUCUAAGGUUCAUUCAUAUUUAUAUUAUACAGAUGAAAUACCUUUGCAGAUUAAUCUUAUUAUAUUAGAUAUGCUCAUCUACAUAAUUAUUCUUAAACGAAUAAAUCACUUACAGUAUCGGGGUCUAUCAUAAUAGUAUAGACAAGUUCGAAAUUAAUCGCAUUCUUUCAAUGAUUCAUAUAUUCAGCAGAGAAUAUUGUGUGUAAAGUAUCCGCAAGAUGAGUUCCAAAAUAACCCGUAACUGAUCAUAUAAGAGGCUAUCUGUAUUAUUUGCACACCGUUGUUGACAUAAAAGAUGAUAAGGCAUGCAUUCUUGAUCAUUGCAGUGAAAAUUGAAACCAUGUUGUUCAUACAAAUUAUUGCCACAUGUCAAUACGUUUCGUUCAUCCAAUCCUCAGUAACAGUUGAUAACACCAUCGUCUAUUUGUGUUAGAUUGAUGCAAGAUCGAUUAAUAGCAAAAUUUAGCGGAACAUUAACACUGGCUAAUAUAUAACCAUACUGUUCACAAUAAUUUCAAAAUGUAUCAAAAGCUAUACUUUUAAUUUGAGCCGUGCCACGAUUAAAAGCGUCUCUCAUUUGUCGUCGAAAGACAUCAAUAACCGUUUGAUUAUUAUGCUUCGAUAGCUAAGUAAUCCUGAGAAAACCGACAUUAUCAGAAGCAUCUGGACAAUGCCAUUCUCCAGAAUAUUGAUCGAAAACAUAGUUUGUUGAAACACAAUGAUCAUUCAAGCACUGAUACUCAUUCUUUGAACAUCUCCAGUCAUUGCACAGAGUAUCGAAAUAUUGGUGAAAUAAAAGGACUUUGCUGCUCUCUGUUGUUAAAACUACAUUCAAUUUCAAUUUCGUUAUAUAUUCAUCAUUAACACCGUUGCAUGGAGCAAUACUGUCUACGACUAGUGAGACCAAUAAACGUUUAGAUGAUUCUUCGAAACAAUUUAAACGAUGUUUGUUUGUCAUAUAAUAUUCUUCACCAUCAAUUUCAUCUUCUCCAUAACUGCAGCCGUUAAUACCAUUUCGAAGACAAUGCCUCAAAAUGCAUUGAAGACUGUUGACAAAUAAAUGACUGUUUUGUGUCAUUCCAACAGUUCUGAUCAAAUUGUGGACCAGAUGCUGUUCUUUCUAUAGACUGCUUACAGAAAAGAGAAUCGAAGUGGUAAUCUUUUAUAAAUGUAUCUCAGUCAAAGCUUAUGUGUUGUACUCUAGCAAGUGCUUGGUAACCGAUACAUUUGAUAUUACCAUUGAACAGUACAUAUUUUGGUUCCAUCGAAAGUUGAAAUUCAGAUAGUUGAUAUACUGUUCGAACAUAUGGUUUAAAAACAGAUGUGGAUGAGUACACAAUUGUUUUAUAUUGACAUAAUGAGCGAAAAUAACGUGUUGCAUCAUAGCAAUCAUCAUGUUAACCAUCGCUUAACUUGCUUUUAACAUAGAACAUACAUUUCUCUUCAUCAUCCAUAUUAGUUAAACUUUUUUCUAUCCAAUCUUUCUCGACACAAUGACCAUUCUCAAGUGUCUAUUUUUGUUCGUAUUCCGACAGUACGGAACUCCAUUUAAACUCGCAAAAGAACAUGUUAAAUCUAUAGUUAUACCAAAAAUCUUCUGAUCCUGGAAAGUAAUUCAUGAACUGUCCAUCACUAUACGCUGAAUAGGACCUAUAUGCAGGCCUUCAUCAUAUUUAAAUUGAGAAGAAGCUAGAGGACAUAAACCUAUGCGAAGCCAUUCGGACCAAAAGCGUGUAAGUGUGGCUGUGGGUGCGUAGAUCUUAUUCUUCAACAUACAUUAAGACACUCACCCACACUCACACCCUUUUAGCUGAAAAUGUCAGAGCAUUCUAGUUACAAGUAGGCCUAUUUCUGGGCAAAAUUUUAGGCCGAAAUACUUUCAUUCGAUUUGUUAGUGUGUACAGUGCUUUACGCUAAAAUUCCAGUAAAAUGGCUAUAAUUAUGAAGGGAAGGCCUAUGGGUGUGAGUGUUGGUGUGUUGUUGAAGCACAGAAUAAGAUCCACACCCACACCCACACCCACAUCC